UAUUUAAAACAACUAAUAAUUUUAAUUUAUCAAAAUGCAUCAAGCUUUUUGUACCAUUUACAAAAAGUAUUGUAAUCUAAAUUAUUUUUGUAUGGGUCUAAACUAUUUUCUGUAAAAGCAGAUAAAGCCAUUGAAAAUGCUAAUUUGUUGGGAUCUAAAUUAGCAAACUCUUCUGAAUAGUUUCUAGCAAAUACAAGUUUAAAAGAAGACAAGAAUAAUUGAUAAAGUUCAUCAAAUUACAAUUCUCCGUCUUAGCUUCUGUCAAAUGCCUUAAAUAUGCCUUUUAUUUUUUCAUUUUCACUACCUCCACACAAUAAACUGAAAGCUCCCAUUAAUUCAUUCCAAUCAAUAAUCCCAUUUCCAUCAAUAUCAAUAAUACUGUAGAGUUCUUUUAAUUAUUUUUUAGGAAUAUCUUAUUUGAAGUUAAUUUAUAUUCUAAAUUAAUUAAAAAGUUAUUAGAAAAGCUCUUAUAAUUUUUAAAAGUUUAGCUUAUCAUUUACUUUUAUUUCGAUUAAGUAUUCAACUGCUUAUAAGAAAUUAAUUUAAUCAAAUUUAAGUUGAUUUCUAUAAUGUUAAAUAUUUGUCUCUGUUAUUUUAGAUUUCUAUAUUUAUUCGUAUCUUUCUGAUGUUAAUUUGUUAUAUUCUUCGCCUUUUACACUUAACAAAAAAAUAAAUAUUAUUAAGUAGUUUUUAUAAAAAUUACUUAAAUGCAUAAAAUAUUUUUUAUUUUUUAGCUCUUGUUUAUUUUGCCUUUUAAAGUACUUCUUCAAUUCUUUAUUUUUAUUUUUAACGAUCUUCAGCAUCAUCAUCAGCAUAUAAGUUGUGCCAUAUAACAAAUUCUUCAUAUGUAAUUUUCUAAUCCUUAUCAAUAUCAAUUUCCUCGAAAAUUUUUUAAGCUAAAGCAGCUGCAAUUUUUUCGACAUAAAAUUCAUGUUCAAAUGCAUCCUACAUAAAAAAUAAAAAAAUGCAAUAAAUUUUGUUAUUUUUACCUCUUUUUUAUACUUUCUACCAUCUCCAAUUCUAAUAACCAUUCUCAAAUAAUUGCUGAGUUCUCUAAUAUCGAAAGAAUUAUUUUAAUCUUCAUCAAAAAUAUAGAAAGCAGCUUCAAGUUUUUCUUUUUCAGAAGCAUUAGCAAGCAUAACAAAUCCAAUAAGAAUUUGCUUAAAAUCAACAAUAGCGUUAUCAUUAAAAUCUAAAUAAAAGAACAUUUAGAAUAAGUAGAAUUAUUAUUCAAUAUACAAAUUUUCAGCUUUUAGUAAACUAAUGAAUUCAUGAGGUUUAAUUCCAACUCUGUUUUAUACACUUCCAUUAACAUUUUAGUUUAACAUUUCCUUAGUUCUUUUAAUAAGAUCAGUAAAAUUAAUAUCAUCAAUAUUAAGUUUAUAUCUAAUAGAAAGAAAAUCUUUAUAACUAAUUUGAUAAACCAUUUCAUAGAAAAGAUCAUAUAAUUUUUUACUCAAAGGUUUUCCUUUUUCAUAUAAUUAUUUAAAAGUUUCUAAUCUAUGAUAUUCUUUUUCAAGUAAUUUAUCUCCUAUGUCAGAUCUGUCUUAUUAAUUCUUUUAUCUUAAUUCUUAAAUUCUCUUAUCAUGCUCGACUUCAUCAAUUAAAUCAUCAGCAAUUUUAGAAUUUACGACAAUUUAACCUUUGGCUUUUCCUCUUUUUAUAAUUUCUUAUCCUUCAUUACUUGCUAAAACUAUUUUUUAUUAUUCGAAGUUUCCUCCUUAAAUAACUUAAUAAUUUCCAAUUCCUCCUUAUUAAUUUUAUUAUUAUACUCCUAAAACUUAAGCAUAUUAUCCACUUCCUGUUGAUUGUAUUUAGUUAUUAUUCUAACCAGUAUUCAAUCCAGUUCCAUAACCUCCUGAAGAUUAAUUAUAAGUAUAAUUAACUGUAGGUUAUGAAGAACUUUAUUAUUAAUAAUAAGAAGUUGUUUAUUAAACAGGUUUAGCAGUUUAAAGUGUUGCAAACGGUGUAUAAGUAUUUAAUCCAACUGGUUCAUUCGAAGAAGAAGUGAAUUAGUAGCCUCCACUUCCAGUUUAGAAUGCAGGGACGCCACCAGUUGUUGAUUACAUAUAGGUUUAUGUAGUGGUAUAAGUAGAUGGUGACUUGAAAAAAUCAAUAGUUGGUUUUCCAAAAAGAACUAAUUCUAAUUCUCUUUUUAAGUUUUAUACAGCUGUGUCCUAAUAUUAUUAGAAGUCUUUAAAACCCGGUCUUUCACGCAUAAAUGUUUAUAAAGCUGAUAUUAUUUUA